GGAAAAGGCGUAGGUGUGAGGCUAUGAGGUCAGCGAGUGUACUCUGGCUGGAGUGGGACCAAGAAAGCCAGAUGGGAGACGAGAUUAAGAUAACCAGAGAAAGCUGCUGUCUCAAUGCCUCAAUUUCCUGGGAAAGAAACCUCUAACCGAGUAUUUUUUUUUUAAUUCUCCUGCUUUAUGCAACACACACACAUACAUACAUACAUACACACACACACAUAUAUCCAUCCAUCCAUCCAUCCAUCCAUCCAUCCAUCCAUCCAUCCAUCCAUCCAUCCAUCCAUCCAUCCAUCCAUCUAUCCCUGGGGGCAAAGGGGAGGAGGGAGGAAGAGAAGCUAGGCGGUUCCAGCUAAUUAGAGAGACAAUUUUCUCCAGCUCCGCCCCCUUCGGAGCCAGCCGAGUUCCUCCGGCUGCGCAUCUUUUCAGCAGCCGCUAAAACCCGGAGAAGGACGUGAAUAGGACGGCGGCGGCCGCACUGCGCAUGCCCUAGAGCCGAGCCCGGUCCGGGCAGCUAGGGGCCGGCCGCGGCGCUAGCCAGACGCCGCAGGAAACUUAUCAUGGAGAAAUCAUUUUCUGUGACUCUGCUCUUCACACUAGUCAUAUCAGUAUUAGGUAACCAUCAUGGUAUGGAACCAGAAAAAAGUAUUCCCAAUUGGGCAACUAGUAUUAAUGUUGAUUUGGCACUUGUUACUCAGCGGCAGCACCUUCAGCAACUUUUCCAUCGAUAUGGCGAGAAUAAUUCCUUGACAGUUGAAGGAUUUAAAAAAUUGCUUCAGAAUAUAGGCAUUGAUAAAACUAAGCGAAUACAUGUAAAUCAUGACCAUGAUCACCAUCAUCAUCACCAUGUUACCACAAAUAAAAAUCUUAGGAAAACUUUGUGCCCAGAUCAUGAAUCUGUUGGUACAAGUAAGGAUGCUAGAAAUAGCCAGACUAAAGGACUACACAAACCAGAAAAUAUUGAGAGACAGCCAAGCAUUUUAGUCAAGGACAGUGUUAGUGAGAUGACUACACCCAUUUACAGCACUUCCAUAGAUGGAAUUCAUUUCCUAAAGACUGCCACACAUGAGAAAAUGAAGCUUUCGCCCAAAGAUUCAAACAGUUCCUCGGCACCCAAUACUACAGAAAGUAGUGGUGUGACUUUGCGGACAAGCCAGAAAGCAAAUGAAUCAGUUUUGAAUGAAUCUGACCAAGGAGGAAGUUUUAUAUAUUCUAAGCAUUCCAACCAAAAUGUCCAGGAGUGCUUCAAUGCAUCAAAACUUCUCCAGUCUCAUGGAAUGGGCAUACAAGUAUUGUUGAAUGCAACAGAAUUUAAUUAUCUUUGCCCAGCUAUUAUCAAUCAGAUUGAUGGCAAAUCCUGUAUAGUUCAUGUAACCAGUGAAAAGAAGACUGAAGUCCCUCCCAAGACUUAUUCUUUACAAAUAGCUUGGAUUGGUGGAUUCAUAGCUAUUUCCAUCAUCAGUUUCCUAUCUUUGCUUGGUGUCAUCUUAGUACCUCUGAUGAAUCGUGUGUUUUUCAAGUUUCUUCUAAGUUUUCUUGUGGCAUUAGCUGUUGGGACAUUAAGUGGUGAUGCUUUUUUGCAUCUUCUCCCUCAUUCUCAUGCAAGUCACCACCACAGUCAUAGUCAUGAAGACCAGCCACCUCAAGCAAGCAGAGGGCCACUUUUCAGUCAUCUGUCUUCUCAAAAUAUAGAAGGAAGCACUUAUUUUGACUCCACAUGGAAAGGUCUUACAGCUCUAGGAGGCCUGUAUUUCAUGUUUCUUGCUGAACAUUUAAUUACAUUGAUCAAGCAGUUUAAGGAUAAAAAGAAAAAGACUCCAAAAAAGCUUGAAAGUGAUGAUGAGAUGGAAAUUAAGAAACAGUUAUCCAAAUACGACUCUCAACUUUCAGCAAAUGAAGAGAAGUUAGACACAGAUGACCGGCCUGAAGGUUAUAUAGGGGCAGACUCACAAGAACCUGCACACUUCGAUUCUCAGCAACCAGCAGUAUUGGAAGAAGAAGAAGUCAUGAUAGCUCACUCUCAUCCGCAAGAAGUUUACAAUGAAUAUGUAUCUAGAGGGUGCAAGAAUAAAUGUCAUUCCCAUUUCCAUGAUACUCUAGGCCAAUCAGAUGAUCUCAUUCAUCAUCAUCAUGAUUACCAUCAUAUUCUACAUCACCAUCAUCAUCAGAAUCAUCAUCCCCACAGUCACAGUCAGCGCUAUUCUCGGGAAGAGUUGAAAGAUGCUGGCAUAGCCACAUUAGCCUGGAUGGUGAUCAUGGGUGAUGGCUUACACAAUUUUAGUGACGGCCUAGCAAUUGGAGCAGCUUUUACAGAAGGAUUAUCCAGUGGUUUAAGUACUUCUGUUGCUGUUUUUUGUCAUGAAUUACCUCAUGAAUUAGGUGAUUUUGCUGUUCUGCUAAAAGCUGGCAUGACUGUGAAACAAGCAGUUCUUUAUAAUGCCCUGUCAGCCAUGCUGGCUUAUCUUGGAAUGGCGACUGGAAUUUUUAUUGGUCAUUAUGCUGAAAAUGUUUCUAUGUGGAUAUUUGCACUUACUGCUGGCUUAUUCAUGUAUGUCGCUCUCGUUGAUAUGGUACCUGAGAUGCUUCAUAAUGAUGCUAGUGACCAUGGAUGUAGCCGUUGGGGAUAUUUUCUGUUACAGAAUGCUGGGAUACUACUGGGUUUUGGUAUAAUGUUACUUAUUUCUGUGUUUGAACAUAAAAUUGUAUUCAGUAUAAAUUUUUAAAUUGAGUCAUUAAUGUUAGAAUAUAUCUUUUCUACUUAUUUGUUGCUUUAUUUCAAAUAUAGGUCAUAGGGGAGCUGGAUUUUGUUGUUUUGUGUUUUUUUUUUAAUGUGCUUUAUAGAAUUUAUAUUUAGUAGUAUGUGAAAUUUUGUAUUAAGUCUUGCUGUUGAUUAUGACUGUAAAACUGUCUAUCGAAGUAACAGAAGGUACGUUUUAAUGAUGUAUAAGUUAUUCUGUUCUGGGAAUAUUGCUAUGAUGUUAAUGUUUUACCAGUAUUUACAACUUUACUGUAUGGACAAGUGAUGUAGUAUGACAUGGCAUGUUCUAUAUAUAAUUCAUUUUGAAAACAAAAACCUUAUUUCCUUCAAAGAUUAUUUUCUAACAUAGUUUUACUCAAUACCAGAUUUUAAGUCUGAAUUUCUGUAAUCAAAGGGUGGUAGAGUCUUCAAUAUCCUAAGCUAUGCUGUUUGUGGGAGAAAGGAGAUCUGUACCUGAAGUGAAGAUGAAAAGAUGUAAAGAGUUUGAGUUUGAGAAAGAAAAUAACCCAUAAAGCAAGAGUGGUUGUCUAGUAGAUCUAUUAAAAUCAAUGGAGAAGUCUUUGACUGUUUAACCAGCAAGGAAAGAAAAGAAAGUUAAUUUUAUGGUGUUAACUGAAAAUUUAAUGGAUAUGCUGCAGGGAAGAAAAUACAUUUUUGGCAUUUGUGUUUCAAUAUUCAUAUUAAAUUCAGGUGUAUACUUAGCUCUCCUUUUCUAAUAACACCAAGUGAUAAAAUGUUGGCUGGAAACUCUCAAUAAACCAUAAUGUGAUGGGAUAUGAAACUUGGGAAACUUUUGCUUCUCCAGAAUGGUUGGAAAAUAGGAUGUUCUGAUUACAUGUGACUUGCUUUACAUACCUAUACCUAUACUGUUCAUUUUCAAAGGAUUAAAAUACAAUUACUUGUAAUUACACCUACAAGUACUACAUCUUGGAAACUGUUGAACACAAUUUGAUCUUUCUUUGCUACUUAGGAAGGCACUUCAUGAUCUUGCAAAGCCUCAGGGCCAACAUUUUGUACAUCACUAAUUAUUUUAUGGUACUUUAGUUGUGACCCUAUGGCAUGCUAUGAUUGGUUUAUUCUUUUUAAAUAAAUAUUUUAUAUCAAUUUUCUUGUAAUUUAUAUCAUUUUCAUAAAACAAAAGUGAAAAAUGUAUAAAUGCAUUGAUUCCAAGAUAUUCUAUCUUGGCUGACUUUCUGCAAACUCAUAUUAAAGACUAACUUUGUCAA